AUGAGCUCUGCUGCACCGCACACGGCCCCACCGCCAGCCGACCCUGCCUCCGCGCUGUCGACUGGCCCUGCCACGCCCACCUCGCCCUCCGCCGUCGCCCCUCCGCCGCACUCGACCACGACCGCGCCAAAGCCCGCCACGGCGACCGGCGACACGCCCAUGGACGUCGACACGCCCGUCGACGGCGCGUCGGCACCCGCAGCCGCACCGCCAGUCGCGAGCGACGACGCGCCCGUCUUGCUGGCGUCGCGCCCGCUCGACCGUGUCGUCGGGCCUUUCACCCCCGCCGAGAGCACGCCGGCCUCGCCCGCCACCAAUGGCGACAAGCGCGACGCUGCAGGCCAAGCUCCGACCAGCAGGGACAAGCGCCCGCUCGACCCCGACUCGCCGCCGGCGACCGCCGACUCGGCGCGCCCAGCGCUCGCCAACGACGACAAGGCCGACAGCGCUGGUCCGCCCAAGAAGAAGGCGCGCAAGUCGGCAGGGCCCAAGCCCGACGACACGCUGUACUGCCACCAGGACCACCAGGCGCACGACAUCACCAAGGUCACGCUCCUGCGCUGCACGGCGCAAAAAGCCGCCGGCAAGCCCAGGCCCGGCUCGGACGAGGUCCCGACGCGCCCGUGCUCGCUCACGUACUGCGCCCGCUGCCUGGCGAGCCGGUACGCCGAGGACGCCGACGCCAUCAUCGCGUCGGGCGCCGACCUGUCGUGGACCUGCCCGUCGUGCCGCGGCGAGUGCAACUGCUCGGGCUGCCGCAAGAAGGCCGGCCUCGACGCGACGGGCCCGCUCAAGGAGCUCGGCAUCGACCCGGCGAGCGCCGUCGGACCCGUCUCGGGCGGCCGCAGGGCGGCGGCGGCGGCGAGGACCAAGCUGUCGUCGGGCUACACGGCGAGCGGCAAGGUCGCCGCCAUGUCGCUCACGACCGAGGACGGCGCGACGAGGAGCCCGGCCGCACCCGGGUCCAAGAAGGCCAAGGGCAAGAAGGCCGUCAAGCCCAAGGCGACGACGUCCGCCCUCGACGGCUCGCUGUCCGACUCGUCGCUGUCGGAGCUCACCGACUCGGACGAGGAUCAGCCCGCCGUCAAGCCCGUCGCCGGCGCCAAGGGCAAGGGCAAAGCCGCGUCGGGCAGCCCAGGACCUGUCGGGCCGACCGGCAAGCGCGUCAUGCCCCCUCGUCCGCCGCCCGUCCUCCCCGUGCCGCCGCGCUCGCACGUCCUCGCGAGCGUGUGGGCGUCGAGCCCGACCCUUCCCUGCGACGAGUCGAUCCGCGCCCGCCUCCACCUGCGCGAGUGGUUCCUGCGCUUCCUCCCCUGCCUCCCGACCCUCGACCCGACCCCGUCAACCUCGUCGUCGUCCAAGUCGUCCUCGUCGCGCGCCACCGCCAAGGCGCACGCCCUCUCGCCGCACCUCGUGCGCGUCCUGUCGGCCCUGAGCGACGACGUCCUGUGGCUGUGGCGCGACCGCGACUCGGCCGCCGAGGCCGUCCAGCUGCGCCUCCUCCAGGCCCUGUGCGAGCUCCUCGUGCGCGAGAAGGCCUACACGGGCGUCGUCCACAAGCUCCAGCGCGAGAACCUCGACGACCUGCGCGUCGAGCUCCGCACGGCGCUUGCCGGCGUGCAGCGCCACCGCGAGGUGUUUGACCGGCCGUGGCGCACGGCGCAGAAGGUCGCCGAGGGCGGGCUCGGCGCCUACUGGGUCGAGGAGGGGCCCAAGUGGCACAAGGAGGCGCUCGAGCGGCGCAGGCGCGCCGAGCCGGAGCGCGAGGGCGACGGCGACAGCGACGUGGGAUCGGGAGAAGGAGAGGGAGAAGGAGGAGAGAGAGGCGCGAGCGAGGACGAGCCGGCGGCAGGUGGGGCGGACGGGUCCGACAGCGAGCUGAGCAGCCUCGCGUCGAGCGACGACGAGGACGAGGGCGGCUCGGCGACGUCCAAGAAGGCGCGCGGCGCCGACGACGAGGUCGACCAGCUCGCGAGCGACUACGAGGAGCCGCCGCCCAAGCUCGACAAGGCCGGCCGCCGCAUGAAGGGCGAGCGCGACAUGCCUGGCGAGCAGCGCCUGUCGGUCUUGUGCGCCCUCGUCGAGCUCGCGACGUCGACCGAGGCGGUCCGCAACCAGAUGGCCGAGGGCGUCGACUACCAGUACACCGAGAUGAUCGCGCUGCGCAAGAAGCGCUUCCAGCAGCGCAAGGAGCUCCCCGUCGAGAAGGCGCGCCUCGAGGAGUCCAAGCCCGAGAAGCCGCCGGGCAACAGCAUCUCGGCCAAGGUCAAGGAGUGGCAAGAAGCGUGCGACGAGGUCGACGCCAAGAUCGAGGAGCUCGUCGACACCGCCGCCAAGAACUCGCUGCAGCUUCAGAGCGACUUCUUCCUCACGAUGGCCAAGACCCGCAUCCGCUUCACCUCGCUCGGUCGCGACACCCACGGCACCGAGUACUACACGCCCGCCCCGCCGCCCGACGAGCUCCUCCAGUCGAGCGCCGGCUCGGCCACGUCGGGCUUCCCGCUCGACCGCAAGGCGAGCGACGACGGCGUGCGCGACUACCCGCUCAGCUGGUGCAUCAUUGGACACGGCCGUCGCCCGGACGUUGGCGGCGUCAAGCGCGAGGACGUCGACGACGACUCGGCGGCGUCGGGCGCCGACAAGACCUGGUUCGUCGUGCGCGACAUCAACAACCUCGACGCCCUCGCCGAGUGGGUCGACCUGUCGGCGCGGCACGCCGACCACCAGCUGCGCCUCGCCCAGUUCCAGCUCGAGCACCCAAAGACCAAGACGAACGGGGUCGCGCGCGCUCCGCCGACGGCGGCCGAGGUGGCGGCGUUCGAGCGGGCGGCGGCGCGCGCCGACGACAGCCUGCCCGACGCGCUGAGGCAGUUCGCCGACGCGGUCAAGUGGCGGGCGGAGCUUGCGAGGCGGGACAAGGAGGGCGAGGGCGCCGGGCUCAUCGCGGAGAGGACGCGCGCUCACAAGGCUUGA